ACCAAUGACAAGAGGCCACGGUCAUUUCUCUAUCUGAGAAAAGGAGGAGAUGGUCCCAGGCGUCCUCUGCCCGUGAUGUCUCUCGCCAACCACAGUCACAUCAACCCCACCUCCUUCUUCCUGAUGGGCAUCCCCGGGCUGGAGUCAGCCCACUUCUGGCUGGCCUUCCCCUUCUGCUCCAUGUACCUCCUGGCUGUGCUGGGCAACACCAUGGUCCUCCUGGUGGUGGCCACGGACGCCGGCCUGCAGCAGCCCAUGUUUCUCUUCCUGAGCAUGCUGGCCACCCUGGACCUACUGCUCUGCUCUGCCACCGUGCCCAAGAUCCUUGCCAUCUUCUGGUUUGACGCCAGCCAGAUCUCCCUGGAGGCCUGUGCGGCCCAGAUGUUCUUCAUCCACGGCUUCUCGGCUGUGGAGUCAGGCGUGCUGCUGGCCAUGGCCGUGGACCGCCACGUGGCCAUCUGCCGGCCCUUGCACUACGCCACCAUCCUGACCCGUGCAGGUGUGGCCAAGAUGGGGGCCACAGCCUUCCUCCGGGGCCUGGGCCUCAUGACCCCGCUGACCUGCCUGGUGCAGCGCCUGCCCUAUUGCUCCCAGGUCAUCCGGCACUCGUAUUGUGAGCACAUGGCAGUGGUCAAGCUGGCCUGUGGGGACACCACGCCCAACAACAUCUACGGCAUCACGGCCGCCACCCUGGUGGUGGGCAUGGACGUGCUGGGCAUCACCGUCUCCUACGUGCUGAUCCUGCGUGUGGUCCUAGGCCUGUCAACCCAGGAGGCCCAGGCCAAGGCCUUUGGCACAUGCGGCUCGCACCUGUGCAUCAUCCUUAUGUUCUACACACCAGCCCUGUUCUCCUUCUACACCCAGCGCUUCGGCCGCCAUGUCCCGCCCCACAUCCACAUCCUCCUGGCCGACCUCUACCUGUUGGUGCCGCCCAUGCUCAACCCCAUCAUCUAUGGCAUGAAGACCAGGCAGCUUCGGGACCGGGUGAUCUGGAGCAUCCACAGAGGCCUGGUUCCGGCUCGGUGGGGUCUUUCCCACCACCCCCGACCCCGUGCCACACAUGGUGCCUUUCCUCCAUGA